AUUCCUAGCUGACGUCACGUCCGGUCGGUCACACGUGUGCUCAUCAUGGCGACUCUACAGAUGAAGCUGCUGCGGAAGAAACUGCAGAAGAGAAAUGACAAAAUCCGACAGAGAAAUCUCCAGAAGAGACGGAAGGAGGAUGUAGCAGUGCCGGUGGAUGAGGACGACCCUGCGGUGGAGGAUGCGGUGGACCCUGCGGUGCUCGCUGAGGAUCAGAUGGAGCAGAACAGCGAGGAGACGGCUCCAGAGACAGUGAAUGGAAUCACAGGGGAGGACCCCGAGACCGCCGGGACCACCAAGAAAAAGAAGAAGAAAAAGAGGAAGCUGCAGCCUGAGGAGAGCGAUGCCAAGCGACCAAAGAAUGAAGCAGAGGCGAGUGUGUCCCCCCAGGAGCCGGGAGAUGGUGAAGAUGAGGAGGAGCUGGCACUACCCAUGGGGCUGACGGGGGCGUUUGAGGACACCGCCUUCUCCUCCCUGUCCGACCUCGUGAAUGAGAACACAUUAAAGGCCAUCAGUGCCAUGGGGUUCAUCAACAUGACCGAGAUCCAGCACAAAACCAUCCGACCGCUCCUGGAGGGCAGGGAUGUUCUGGCUGCUGCUCGCACCGGUAGCGGAAAAACACUCGCCUUCCUCAUCCCGGCCAUAGAACUGGUCUACAAGUUGAAGUUUAUGCCACGAAACGGGACCGGGGUCCUCAUCUUGUCCCCCACUCGGGAGCUCGCCAUGCAGACAUACGGGGUCCUCAAGGAGCUGAUGGAACAUCACGUUCACACCUACGGGCUGAUAAUGGGGGGCAGUAACCGCUCGGCGGAAGCUCAGAAACUCGCCAAUGGGGUCAACAUUGUUGUGGCGACUCCCGGGAGGCUUCUGGACCACAUGCAGAACACGCCCGGAUUCCUGUACAAGAACCUGCAGUGUCUGGUCAUCGACGAGGCCGACCGUAUCCUGGAGGUCGGGUUUGAGCAGGAGAUGAAGCAGAUCAUCAACCUCCUGCCUAAGCGCAGGCAGACCAUGCUCUUCUCUGCAACUCAGACCCGCAAGGUGGAAGACCUGGCUCGGAUCUCCCUCAAGAAGGAGCCGCUGUACGUGGGUGUGGACGACAACAAGGAUACGGCCACCGUGGACGGUCUGGAGCAGGGUUACGUGGUUUGCUCCUCGGAGAAGCGCUUCCUGCUGCUCUUCACCUUUCUGAAGAAAAAUCGCAAGAAGAAGAUGAUGGUUUUCUUCUCGUCCUGCAUGUCGGUGAAAUUCCACUACGAGCUUCUGAACUACAUCGACCUGCCGGUGAUGGCCAUCCACGGGAAGCAGAAGCAGACGAAGCGCACGACGACCUUCUUCCAGUUCUGUAACGCAGACUCUGGGAUCCUACUGUGCACGGACGUUGCAGCCAGAGGACUGGACAUCCCGGAGGUGGACUGGAUUGUGCAGUACGACCCCCCUGAUGACCCCAAGGAAUAUAUACACAGAGUUGGCCGAACAGCGCGAGGGAUUGAUGGCCGGGGACACGCCUUAUUGAUUCUGCGCCCCGAGGAGCUGGGUUUCCUGCGAUACUUAAAACAAUCCAAGGUGCCGCUCAGCGAGUUUGAGUUCUCAUGGAGUAAAAUCUCUGAUAUCCAGUCUCAGCUGGAGAAACUGAUAGAGAAGAAUUAUUAUCUGCACAAGUCGGCUCAGGAGGCGUACAAGGCGUAUAUCCGGGCCUACGACUCGCACUCUCACAAGCAGAUAUUCAAUGUGAACACUUUGGAUUUGCCUAAGGUCUGUCUGUCCUUCGGGUUCCGGAUCCCUCCAUUCGUUGACCUUAACGUUCACAGCAGCGGUGGUGGGAAGAGGCUCCAGAAACGAGGCGGCGGCGGAGGAUUCGGAUAUCAAAAGCCCAAAGAAAUGUACAAAGCCAAGAUCUUCAAACACAUCAACCGGAAAGGCCGCAGCGACGGGCGACAGUUCACGCGCUGAUCCCAGCUCGGUCCCCUGCAACGUUAGUCACAGAACUGUCUCCUGCGCCAACAGGUGCCGCUUUAUUUCCCUCCUGGAGCGGACAGAACCUCCAUUAGUCAGACAUGGCCACCAGUCAUCUCCAUCUUCGUGAUGCUUCUCUGUUCUGGAAUCCUCUGCUCAUCCUCUGCUGGGUGUUAUGGUGCAGUUUGCCAGGACUCAUACAGUCCAUGCUGUGGAUUGGAGGAACUCCGGGGCUUUUCCCUCAUGGAGGUGACUCUUCAUCCAGGUCUAUAGUGAUACAGGAACGUCCCUCUUGUCCUCGAUUUUAUUUUCUACAAGAUAAAGUCUCUCUCAGCUUUCAGUCAUGUGAUUUAAAGCUCAGCUGUGCUGGUGGGGGGGGGGAGGAGCCAGGACAUCACAUCACAAUGCGGCAGUCAUGUGACCGGUCAGCAGGAGUUUUUCCCCACUAAGGCGGCUAACACAAAUUCUAUGUUGAACUGAAGGUAUAAUUCAUGAUAUUUUGUUGUCUCCAUUUAUUAAAGAGCCGGUGUUUAUAGA